AUGACGGUGUGGAAGCCGGAAUGGGUGGCAUCCAAGGACCUGCUGAGGAGGUUGGGAUGUAGCAUGAUUGCCACAGCUAGAAUGGGAACUGAACCAGUGGAAAUCCCCAACAACCACUGUGCAAAGAUGAAUAUAUUACUGUGGAAUUGUAGAGGUGCUCUGGGGUUGGAUUUUAAGAGACGUGUGUUAGAAAUGAUGGUGAAUCACUUUCCAUCUAUCUUGAUCAUCACGGAGACCAGAGUUAGUGGUGACCGUGCUGCUAGAAUCAUUGAGGAUCUUCCUUUUGAUGGGUUCUUCACUACAGAGACUAUUGGCUAUGCGGGUGGCCUUUGGCUCCUGUGGAAGAGAGGGGAGGUUGAUGUAGUUGUGCUCUCAGCUAUAGAACAAGAGAUUCAUGCAACCGUUCAGUUAUUACUUGGAGACUUUAAUGAGGUCCUCUGUGGUGAGGAUAAAUUUGGGGGCAGGAGGGUUAAUCUGAAUAGAGCCUUUGAGUUUAAAGAUUUUCUAGAUGAUUGUGCUUUGCAAAUUCUGAGUGGAGGGUUCUUUUUCCUGAAGCAUCUGUUACCCACUUGCCUAGGGAUUUUUCGGACCAUUGCCCGGUUCUCCUUGAGCUCUAUAGACCCCCCUACUGAGCUUGAUAAACCAUUCAGGUUCCAAACCAUGUGGUUACACCAUCCUGAAUUUCCUGAGAUCGUGAAGGGAUCUUGGGGCUUGCAUCUAAAUUUAGGGUUGGCCAUAAAACAGUUCACAGAGAAAGCAAAGAAAUGGAAUAAAGAUGUGUUUGGAAACAUUUUUGCCCGUAAAAGAAGAGUGUUGGCAAGGUUAUAUGGAGUCCAGAAAGCUCUGUCUAAUGGUCCAAAUCAGUUCCUUGUCCAGCUUGAAAAGGAUCUCAUGAGGGAAUAUGCUGCAAUUAUGCAACAGGAGGAGGAAUACUGGGCCCUCAAGUCUCGUCCUAAUUGGGCUGCAUGUGGUGACUGCAACACGCCCUUUUUUCAUGUUUCAACUCUUGUUCGUAGACACAGGAAUAAGAUACGUAGCAUUAAAAAUUCUGUGGGAGAGUGGAUAACUGAUGAGGAGGGAAUUAAAGCUUUUAUUCUCUCGGAAUAUCAAAAAUUGUUUGAGAAUGGCCUAUAUGAUUCUAUCUCCCCUACGGAUCUUGACAAUUUUCCUUGCUGUAUCAUUUCUGAGGAGGAUAAAGGCUACUUGUGUACUCCUGUUACAGAUGAGGAAAUUAGAUAG